AUGCUCCCCCCAGUGGCUAAUCCCAUACCCGCUCGCAUUCCGUCCCCCAUGCAAUUCCUCCAUUUCAGAGAGGCGGUGGUGCGGCUGCUGGACCAAUUCAGGGCAGGCGAGAUGAGCUGGAACGCGGUGCGCAAGGAGAUCCGGAAGCAGCACAAGGGGCGCGUGGGGGAGCCCUCACCAUUGGACAGACCAGUUCAAUCCCCUUGUGAUGCUUCUUUCCCCCGUAUCCCCCCGCCAAUCAGGGAGGCGGUGGUGAGGUUGUUAGACCAGUUCAAGGCGGGCGAGAUGAGCUGGAACGCGGUGCGCAAGGAGAUCCGGAAGCAGCACAAGGGGCGCGUGGGGGGCCCUCACCAUUGGACAGACCAGUUCAAUCCCCUUGUGAUGCUUCUUUCCCCCGUAUCCCCCCGCCAAUCAGGGAGGCGGUGGGAGGCGGUGGUUCGGUUGCUGGACCAAUUCAAGGUGGGCGAGAUGAGCUGGAACGCGGUGCGCAAGGAAAUUCGGAAGCAGCACAAGGGGCGCGUGGGGGGGCCGCACCAGCGAGAGGCCGGGGAGAACCCGAAGUUGGAGGAGAAUUUCUAUUUGAACCCCCUUGAAUCUUAUUUCCACCCCCCCUAUCCCACCUACCAGAGAGGCGGUGGUGCGGCUACUAGACCAGUUCAAGGUGGGCGAGAUGAGCUGGAACGCGGUGCGCAAGGAGAUAAGGAAGCAGCACAAGGGGCGCGUGGGGGGGCCGCACCAGCGAGAGGCCGGGGAGAACCCAAAGCUGGAGGAGAACUUCUACGCGAACCCGAUGCCGGGGUGCAUGUGCGAGGUGGAGAGGCCGGAUGGAGGGCGGGCAGAGGAAGUGUAGGAGGUAUCCAGAGGAGGAGGCAUACACCUAAUGAAGCUGGGGGAGAAUUUCUGCGCGAACACCAUGCCGGGGCGCAUGUGCGAGUGGAGAGGCAGCCGGGCAAGGCGGUGAAGGCGUGCCGGAUGGAGGGCGGGCAGAGGAAGUGCAGAGAGGUGCCCCAAGAGGAGGAGGCAUACAUUUAG